AUGCUCCGACGCGCCCCAACAACCAUCACCCUCACGCAAACCGACAUCGAGCAAUGGGAACAAGACCGCAAGCGCAAAGUCCAAGAGGCCCAGCAGAAACUCGAGAAUGAACAACGAAACGCCCAAUCCGCCAACGAAGCAAAGGCCAAGCAAAAGUCCAAGAAAGACCACGUACUGCGUAAUCGGGAAGAUUUCUGGGUGGGCUUUAUGAGGACUUGGAGGUUGAGUCUCGUUGAACCAUCAAACAGGAGACAGUGA